AUGGGGUCACAUACGAAACAUAAAAAAUGUGAAGUGCUGACCGAUGUGUCUGUUCCAAGAUUUGACAAGAUUCCCUGGUUUAGUGAGGCCAGCUUCAUGAACAAGCCAUUAGUGCUCAGCCUCCCCAAAAGAUAUCCUUAUUCCUCUGCCACUUUUCUGGUUGCAUCCAAGAAGGAUAUGAAUUUGCCAAUUUCGUUCCAAGUUCCAGAUGUCUUAUCUAAGGCCGGGUGGAACCAGAAUGACCCCACACUGAUCAGAAACAAGCAGCUGUGCUCCACAUGUCGAGAUGUGAAAAUGGUGCAACCAAAAACUCUGAUAAUUCCAGAUGAUCUGAAACAAUCCUUUGCAAAUAUUAUGAAUCAUAGAAUGAUGAGUCUCCAUCCACCAAAAGCCCAGACUGUACCCAAACGUUCUUGUGAUGACAUCCUAACAGAGAACGUUCACUACAGACUGCCCAUUCUGGGCCCCAGGACAGCUGUCUUCCAUGGACUGCUGUCAGAUGCCUAUGAAACCCUGCGGGAGACAGAACUCUCUUCCUUGCCCAGAAAAGAACCAGUGAGCAAAGCAGUGAGUCAGUGAGUGGUGGGAACACAUUGCCUUCCAGAUGCUGAGAGAAAGCCACCUCACCAAGCGAGUUUCUGACACUGGUGCCUUCACGUCACUACCUCUCAGUAUGAAGAAGGUGACUCAAUUUU